AUGGCUGCCCAAUGGCCGCCGCGGUCGCCCCACGAGGCCCUGCUCAGCACCCCGGGAGGGAGGGAGAAACUGCGGCGGAUCGAGGAGCGGUCAUCCCCCUCGCUUUCCCCGUCCCGGCUCAGGGCAUCACGGUCGGUUUCAGCGCUCGGUCCCAGAUCAGGAGCAGGCGCGAGUGCGGGGGAGGAUGCGCUCUUCGAAGGAGGGGAUGACGACGAGGAGGAGGAUGACGAGGAAACGUUGCAGCUCAAACUCCAGGCGAUCCAAGCCCGGUUGAAGCUCAAGAAGCUGCGGGCAGCCAAAGCGCAGGGGAGGUCCACGGCAGCAUCAAAACCUCACCCCGGCGAUGGAGGGGCUAUGAAGGGUCUUCCCAUGCAGUCGAAACUUGCGGCCGUCCGGGACAGAAUGGAAAAGCAGGCUUCACGCGAUAUCGUGCAGGUUCCGGCCUCGCCGGUCAAGAAGGCGCUGCCUCCUCCUGAACAAACGUCGCCGCAGAGGAUAGUAUUAGGGAUUGACAAGGGCCUGAGAGGCGCGGACGUGUCUCUCAAGCGAGCUCCCAGCCAAAGAAGCGCGAGGGAAUCGCAACCAAGUCAGCAAGGAAGCUACUUACGACGGGCAAAGUCACCAUUGGACAGCCAGAUCCAGCAAGAAGCACGUCCAAUGAGCUUCAACGAGCGACUCGCAUCUGCGCGGACCGAGGAGGUUGCGAGGCGCGAGAGGAGAGAACGGGCGGAAAAGGUCCGGAAGUACAAGGCCAAGGCACUCGAGCUGCCAGACCUGCCUUCAAAGUUCCUGGAGUUCUCGAGAGAACAGAUUCUCUCCUCGAUGGGGGGAUCAUCGGGGGCCGGGCAGUUACAACGCAGCAACACUGCGCCCAAUGUGCGGGCAGGGGCGCGGGUUGGGAACUUCAGCAACGCUUCGACAACGACGACAAGCGCGGUCGAAGACACAGAUCCAGGCGGAGGCUUCGAACCAUACUCCGGGCUUCACCUGUCGAAGCGCAUACUUCCCCACAACGUCCUCGCCCGGGCCGUGUCGGGGAAGAAAGCCUACCUCCUCAAAGACCUCCUUCGCCAAAUCAAGGCACCCGACUGGUCUCUUCCGGACGACGAGACCGACAUCGUUGUCCACCGCCCGGGCCCCGGCAGCGACGGCAAAUCCCAACAGGACCGCGGCAAAUACAUGGUGAUCACGCUCGUCGACCUAACCUACGAAGUCGACCUCUUCCUCUUCAACUCGGGCUUCGACCGUUUCUGGAAGCUGACCCCAGGCACGGUGCUGGCCAUCCUCAACCCGGGCAUCCUACCCCCUCCGCCCGGGCGGGAGGCGACCAACCGCUUCGGGCUGGUCAUCAACUCGGACGAGGACACGAUCCUGGAGAUCGGCAACGCGCGCGACAUCGGCUACUGCAAGAGCAUCAAGAAGGACGGCACGUACUGCAAGAGCUGGGUCAAUGCGCGGCGCACCGAGUACUGCGACGCGCGCAUCGAGAUGAGCACGACGGUCGGGCUCGGCGGCGGCGGCGGCGAGCGCUGGAAGCACAACUCGCGGCGCAUCCACGCCAAGUCCGAAGAGGAGAAACAGCGCGGGCAGUACGACCGCGCCACGCACAGCCAGUACUUCAUUAGCACCGCCCACCGCGCCGCCGAUCCGGACGAUGAGCGCCUGAGCGGCAUGGCCGACCGCAAAGAGCGCGAGGAAGCGCUCAAGCUGCGACUCGCCCAGAGGGAGAAAGAACGCGACAUCGCCCGGCGGCUGGCCGAGGCCGGCGGCGGCGCAGGGAGGGAGUAUAUGAGCCGUGCAGCGGGCCGGAUCACCACUACCACCACAACAACCACCACUUCUACAAACACAACUGCGGGAUCCAGCUUCUCCUCCGCCCCUUCCUCCUCUUUACCCUCCUCCUCCUCCUUCUCCUCCGCCGCUCCCAUAUCAGCCACCACAUCAGCCUCCUCCAUCGCUCCGCUCGGCUGGGGCGCGCAGCUCAAAGAUAAGCUGGGGCGGAUGAAGGGCGGGGAGAGGCUCGAUGGGCGGGAUGGCGCGAACAUGAACGGGGGGUUGAGUGGCGCUGCUGGUGGUUCUGGUUCCACGGGCGUUCCGUCUCUCCCUCUUCCUCCUCCUCCUCCUCCUCCUUCUGAGGGUGCCGCUGCGAGGGGCGAUAAAUCGCCCGUGAGGAAAAAGACGCGGUUUGUGACGGAAAAGGGCAUCCGCGAGGCCGGGAGGGACAGUCUCGGGGAGCCGAUGCUUUCGGCGGCGGUUAAGACCCGGCUGCGGCGGCAGGUCGUGCCCUUGGGGGAUGAUGAUGACGACGAUGAUUUGAUUAUUGUAAGGUGA